CCUAACAAUGGGAGUCGUUGUCCACAUAGCGCCAUUGUCUAGUUCUUGCCUAUCCUUUGUUUGGAUUGGUGGAUACGUCUCAUUUUUGUAAUCUCUUUUUGAAUAUUCGAUUAGGGUUGUUGACUUCAACGGAGAGAGAUGCUAUGCGAUAUAAAGCGUUUUUUCUCAAAGUUGCCGGGAUGUCACGUGUCCUACUUAUAUCAGUACAAUCGUAACAAUUUAAGCAUUACGAAACGUAUAGCUAAUUUUCCCCAAACAUCAGACACCCCCUGACCUCGGACACUUUCUAGCGGUUGGAGGAUUGAAUCACCUCGAGCUCAACAUUUAAAUGGACUGAAAAAUAACGGUGGUGAGCCAGCGUUUCCCCCAGAACAGUAUAGGGGCGGUGGGCAGUGCCAUGUUCCUGCGCUUCAUCAACCCUGCCAUCGUGUCGCCCUACGAGGCAGGCAUCCUGGAUGAGAAGCCCCCACCCAGGAUAGAGAGAGGACUGAAGCUCAUGUCCAAGAUCCUCCAGAGCAUUGCCAACCACGUGUUGUUUACCAAAGAGGAGCACAUGAGGCCUUUUAACGACUUUGUGAAAAGCAAUUUUGAUGCAGACAGGCGGUUCUUCUUGGACAUAGCGUCUGACUCUCCUCCCAGUGACUCAGUCAACCACAGCCUGUCCUUCAUCAGUGAUGGCAACGUUCUGGCCCUCCAUAGGCUGCUGUGGAACAACCAGGAGAGGAUCGGACAGUACCUCUCCAGCAACAGGGACCACAAGGCAGUGGGCAGGCGGCCGUUUGACAAGAUGGCCACCCUCCUGGCCUAUCUGGGGCCCCCCGAGCACAAACCUGUGGCCGACACCCACUGGUCCAGCCUCAACCUCACCAGCUCCAAGUUUGAAGAGUUUAUGACCAGCUAACUGUUCUCCUAGUGUAGAGUUAGUGUGUAAAAUGUUCUAAGACACUAAGGAUGCCAGCAGUUGGUGAGUGGAGUUGAUUCAGAAGCAUUCUAUUGUCCGUUUUUCCCUGAUUUCUAGGCACCAGGUCCAUGAGAAAGACGAGUUUAAAGCCCUGAAGACCCUCAACAUCUUCUACCAGGCUGGAACCUCCAAGAAUGGCAACCCUGUCUUCUACUAUAUUGCUCGCAGGUAGUACAGAGGGAGGAGGGUGAUCCUCAGAGGGAAGGACAGGAAGUUGUUGAGGAAGAACCGGUGGCCCCGCCCAAGAAGGAG